CGGUGUUUACAGGCCUUUCAGCUACAGUUGCAAAGCUGCGGAGGUGCGGGCCUCGGAGACCUCUGUGUGCGUUGCUUUUGCAGUCGGCGGGAAGCAAACGUAUUUCCGAAAGCUAAGGGCCCCAGCGAUCCCUCUUACCAGCGCAAUGGCAGUCCCAGGUUGCAACAAGGACAAUGUCAGAGCAGGCUGUAAAAAAUGUGGCUACCCUGGUCAUCUGACCUUCGAAUGCCGCAAUUUUCUCCGAGUAGACCCCAAAAGGGAUAUAGUUCUGGAUGUCAGCAGUACAAGCAGUGAAGACAGUGAUGAAGAGAAUGAAGAGUUAAAUAAAUUACAGGCAUUACAGGAAAAAAGUCUUAUUCCAGCUCCACUGAAGAAGACUCUUCCAAACAAAAGAAACAGAAAUAAGUCCACUUUCCAGCGAUGA